AAAUUCCUUACUUUUGAAUAUGGAUAUCCACAUCACAUGAACAGGGAGACGGUUAUACAACAGAUGGCAGCUAUUUUUCCAAAUGGUACAGACGAUAAGUGCUCUUGUACUAAAGCAUUUGAUCUGCAUUAUGCAAGCUAUACAGAUCAUACUACUUUGACCUGUGCAAAAUAUCAACAUAGUUCUCCAUAUAGCGGGGCAUUGGCCCAUCUCUUGGACAACCAGAUUGCUGUUAGUCCAACUGCUCGGAGCUGCCAUUCUCAUACAAGCGUUUGGCGGGAACUUAAUAAUAUUUUACAACACAACCAUGAUGGCAAACGCUGCUUGGUGGACUUGAUCAACCAUUUGCAUGGUGCUGUAUUCCGACAAGGAGAUCCAUGUUCUUGCCACGCUGUUUCUUCGACUACAAAGACAACAAAGGCUACAAAACAACCUUCCACAACAACACCUACUCCACAACCAACAACAACAACGACCCCAUCACCUUCAACAACAACAACAACAACAACUCAACCCACAACAACAACCUCACCAUCGACGACAACAACAAGAACAAUAUCUUCAACGACAUCAACCGUAACUUCAACCACAAGUCAAUCAACUGAAUGUUCUAAAAUCCGCACUGUCACAGAGCUGGCCAAAUUUCAACAAAUUUACCCAGAAUUCAACACUAACUGUUCUAGACGCAUUUCUACCUCCAAUUUAAUUGUCAGGGAUUUGUGUGAUUUUGUUCCUAUUUCAAAGUACUGGAAACCAGGCAAAAGGGUAGUUGAUGCAUGCGACACUCUGAAGCCUUAUAUACCAGUUGCAACUUUUAGUUCCUCUACUUACCCCUUGGAUGGACUUGCCGGAGUAUUCUUGGGUUGUACUGAUACGUCUCUCAGAAUCGCUACACAAGAAUGUGGUGGUAAAUUUGAAAUUCAGGAGUUUGCCCGACAUGCCACACAUUUUGAAACUUUCGCACAUAUUGCCUCGAACUUCUAUGAAAUUACCUAUUAGAGAAUUAUGUACAUGAGUCUUGUAUCAUUGUAAUGUUUAAAAUACUUUGUGCAAUAAAUGAUUUUGUUCUAAACCAU